AUGAUUGCUCCAGCCACGAUUAAGAAUGUCCAGUCUGCUAUCCAGACAAGUAAAGUCUUCAUUGCUUCGAAGACCUACUGCCCUUUUUGUACUCGUGCAAAAAGAACUAUUUUCGAAGAGAAGAAGGUUCCAAAAGAGCUAGUUUUCUGCUGGGAAUUGGAUACCAUGGGUAAGGAAGGUGAAGAUAUUCAAGCCUCUUUGUUGGAAAUUACUGGACAGUCUUCUGUUCCUAAUAUCUUCAUCAAUGGUAACCAUAUUGGUGGAAACAGUGAUUUACAAGCUUUGAAGGAAAGUGGAGAGUUAGAUACUUUGUUACAAGAAAUACUUGAAGGUAGCACUUAA